UGUCGGGUCGGGUCAGAAAUAACAUCCGUUUUCAAUAUAUCUGAGCUCUAACCAGAAGCAUCUUCCCGACCUCCCCCACUCUCACUCAAUCUGAAAAUGGCCACAAUCAUCCAGCUCUCUCCAAUUCACACGCCCUCUCUCCGCAUAUUCUCUUCUCAUUCUUCCCAAAAUACCCCUAGCCUCUCAUUCUAUUUACCAGCCAAAGCCCUCACCUUUCCCUCCAUUUCUCUCAAACCCUACACCACAGCCAAGCCUCGCGCCUUGGUUGUCACUUCGGCUGUUAAGAGCCUCUCAGAGACCGAGCUGGUCCCCGUGCCCGCGGAGGCUGAUGAAAUCGCUGGAAAAUUGCCGGCGGAUACCGGAGUCUACGCCGUUUUCGACCAGAACGGUGAGCUUCAGUUCGUUGGCUUAUCGAGGAACAUAGCGGCAAGUGUUCUCACUCACCGGAAAUCGUUGCCGGAGCUAUGCUACUCCGUCAAGGUUGGGGUAGUAGAUGAACCAGAUAGGGCUGUCCUAACGCAAUCUUGGAAAUCAUGGAUGGAAGAACACAUUAAAGCUACUGGGAAGGUCCCUCCAGGUAAUGAAUCAGGCAAUGCCACCUGGGUCCGACAGCCACCGAGGAAGAAGCCUGAUCUCCGGCUAACACCCGGUCGCCAUGUGCAGCUGACAGUGCCAUUGGAGGAACUCAUUGACCGGUUGGUGAAGGAGAACAAGGUCGUGGCCUUUAUCAAGGGUUCGAGAAGUGCCCCAUUGUGUGGUUUCUCGCAGAGGGUUGUUGGCAUUCUUGAAAACCAAGGGGUGGAUUAUGAGAGUGUAGAUGUGCUUGAUGAAGAGUAUAAUUCUGGAUUGAGGGAGACUCUGAAGAAGUAUAGCAACUGGCCUACAUUUCCACAGAUAUUUGUGAAUGGAGAACUGCUUGGGGGUUGUGAUAUUCUAACCUCCAUGCAAGAGAAGGGUGAGCUUGCCGGUGUGUUUAAAAAGUGAAUUGUUCAGGUAUUUUUGGUGUCUAUGUAGAUGGCAUAGUUGAGCCGGGAUGUAAUAUUGAAACUUGUACCAGAGUGAUUAAGUGUAGGCAGUGUAUUUAGAUUUAGCCUUGUAAUUCUUAAGCUCCAUCUAUUUGGAUAGAAAAAAUAAAUGGUUCAAGUUGGGUGAAGGAAAUUUGAUUUUGUGGGAAUGAAAAGUUGUCUGUGAAUCUCUCAUA